GAUAUGUGCCAACCUAUAAAACGAUUCAAUUCGAAUACUUAGAGAUGCAGUUUGUUUUUGUGAAUAAUCAAGCGAAAUAAAUUUAAUAAAUCUUUAAUAAUGGAUGGUGUGCUACAAAAAAUUAAUUCUCAAUGUAUUUCGUUUUCAGUAGAGGUGGAAAAACGAAAUAAUAAAAUAUUAAAGGAUGUUUUGGAUAAAUUCGUUGUCGAAUUAAAAAAAGAUCCCCUUUUUAAAGUUUUGUAUCAACGCGUUUUUUAUGGCGGCAGUUUUUACGAUAAUCUAAAAGUUGGACAACCCGAUGAAUUCGAUUUAGAUUUACUGUUUGUUUUACCCAAAUCGGUUCGUUUCGAAAUGUUGCAAGUUGGUGAUUAUCCCGGUUUUGUACAAUUAAAAGUUAAAAAUCCUGAAAUUCUAGGGGAUAUUUUCCAAAGAAAACUAACAGACAACGGCAAUUUAAGUGCCGAUAAGUUACGUCGCUGGAUGGAGAGUUUAGUCACGAAGGUUUUAUCAACUUUUCCUCUUCAAAACGGUUAUUAUCAAUUAUCAGCGGGUGGUUAUCAAAUGCGCGGUAAAAUGCGAAAAUCCGGUCCUGCACAAACUCUUGAAAUAACAAACACCCAACAUAACAUCAUUUUGAAUGUCGAUUUGGUUCCUUGUUUUCAAUUUGAUAUCGGAUUACUUCCCACGGGAAGUAAAUGGCGAAAAAAUCCUGUUCCAUCUAAAAACACGUUCUUCAUCGUUCCAAAACGUCCGAAAAACAUGGAUAAAAUAUCCGAUUAUUACUGGAGAUUAUCCUUUCAGGAACAAGAAAGAGAAUUGAUGAAUAAUAAAAGAAAUUUUAAACCCGCUUUGAGACUUAUGAAGAAAUUACGUGAUGUUUGUGGGCACGAUGCAAUCGCUAGUUACUACAUAAAAACCGUUUUCUUAUGGACGAUCGAUCGUAAUGACACUUCUUAUUGGAAUGGAACUUUAAGUGAUGUUUUUAUUAAGAUGUUAAAAACUUAUAUAGAGCAUUUAGAAAAAGGAAAAAUUGAAUACUAUUGGGAUAAGAAUUUGAACCUUUUAACCAUAAGCUCAAUAACUUUAUCCAACUUUAGUAACAGAUUGAAAUGUGUUCUUAAAGAUAUUGAAAGAUUUCGUACAACCAACCCAGAAGCGAUUUGCAAAUAUUUUGAUUGUAAAGUUUAAUGUUUAAUUCCAACAUUUUUGGUGUCCCAAUCAAAUAAAUAUGUCGGUUUGAUUUAAUAAAAAUUUUGUUAUUACUAAA